AGCAAAAUCACCAGGAGUUGAUUUUUUGACAGCACUUGCAGGCGAUGAAUCUGGAGUGAUGGUAGUUCUGCCUUCAGUCGACAGAUUUCGGACCGAUAUAUCUAAAAAUACAAGUGAAACGAAAUUAAAUCAUUUAAUUAACGAUGAAAUUUAUAGAUCUAAUGCUAAUGCUAACAUUCGUCUUAUUGGCUGA